AUGAGUAAUAAUGAACAAGAAUCUCUUGAGUUUGAAUUAGCACAAGCAUUAUUCACAACAGGAACAUCAUUUUCUUUUCUUGAAAAUCCAUAUGUUAUUAAAUUUUUUCAGCAUAUCCAUCCCACAUUUAAAUUACCAAAUCGAAAAAAACUUUCAAAUGAAUUGUUAAAUAAGGUUUAUGAUAAAGUAACUAUAGAAUCUAAUAUACAAAUUUCACAAGCACAAAGUUUAUCUAUGAUUUCUGAUGCAAUUAAUAUUGAAAAAUUUUCAGCAGUUAUUAUAGAUACAGCUAAUGUAAUGAAAGCAGCAUGGCAUAUUAUUGAAGAAAAAUAUCUUACAAUAGCCUGUUUUGGAUGUGCAUCUCAUACACUAAAUCUUUUAAUCAAAGAUAUUUUAAAAAUUAAUAGCAUAAAAACUGUAGUUGAUAAUGCAACAAAGUUAGUAAAAUAUUUUAAGAAAUAUCUACAAGCAAUGGGUACACAUCUUGAAUGUUUUCAGUCAUUUCAAAAAACAAGAAUCGCUUUAGAACAAAUUUUAAUAGAUUUAAGAAUUCAUGAAACAAUAGACUCAAGUUUAAGAAUUUAUAUACUAUACGAUGAAUUUUGGGAAAACUUAAAUUUAAUUGCAAAAGAAAGUAAAAUUUAUAACAUAGAACCUAUCAGGUAUAAUGCAUUUACAACAUAUACAAAUCAAAAAUUUGGGCAAGAAAAAUCAGUAGAGUUAUUCAUUAAAAUAUGGGAAUCUUGGCCAAAUAGUAGUCUUAAACAGCUUGCAAUAAAAAUUCUCACAAUUCCAACAUCAUCUGCUGUAGCUGAACGGAAUUUUUCUACUUUUGGUUUUAUUCACAACAAACUUCAUAAUCACUUGAUCGAAACUAUAAUUAAUCAUAAUAAUGAAACUAAUCAAAAAAUUACCAGUAAUUGUGAAGAAAUAGAUAAUGAAGAUAAGGAAGUAGAGAAUAUGAUUUAUGAAGAAGAAAUCAGUGAAGGAAUUGAAGAAAUGAUUAAACAAAUCUAUUCAUCAGAUAUUGAUAUUGAUAAUAAUAAUUCAUUAAUAUUAAAUUUAGAUAAUAAUGACAAUAUAUUAUGGAAUCAAGAUACAGAAAUUAAUAGUAUAAUAAUUUUAUAA